CUCCGUCCUCUCGCCUCCCACCACCAAACCAGAGCGCACGCAGAGAGAGAGAGAGAGAGAGAGAUAUGGAGGGAAGGCUCUCUGCAUCGCUCGGCCUCCCAUGUCCGAGCCCCAACCACCGCCCGAUCCCGUCGGAGUUCGCGACCCUCUUCGCCCACUUCACCUCCCUCGUCGUCUCCCCUCCUCCCUCCCGACGGCCCCCCAAGGCCGCCGCCGCCGCCGCCGCCGCCGCCACCGGCCUCAUCAAUUUCUCCUCCGCCACCCUCUCCCUCGACAACCCUAACCCGCCGCCCCCUCCUCCUAAUUACUCGAAAUGGUUCAAGCCCGCCUCGAGAAACAGCCCCCGAGUGCGGUCCCUCAUGAAGAGCCUCUCCGUCGCCGAGCGGGCCCUCAUCGGCGCCGCCGGGGGCGGGAUCGCCGGCGCGUUCACCUACGUGUGCCUGCACCCGCUCGACACCAUCAAGACCAAGCUCCAGACCAAGGGCGCCUCGGAGCUGUACAAGAACACGCUCGACGCGGUCGUGAAGACGUUCCAAUCGAGAGGUAUCCUGGGGUUCUACAGCGGGGUCUCCGCUGUCAUUGUCGGGUCCACUGCGUCUUCCGCUGUGUACUUCGGUACCUGCGAGUUCGGGAAGUCGGUCUUGUCGAAGAUGGAGGAUUUCCCCGCCGUGCUCAUCCCGCCGACCGCCGGCGCGAUGGGAAACAUCGUGUCUUCUGCUAUCAUGGUGCCCAAAGAAUUGAUUACGCAGAGGAUGCAAGCGGGCGCGAAGGGACGAUCUUGGGAGGUGCUGCUGAGGAUCUUGGAAAAGGAUGGCGUGCUGGGGCUUUAUGCUGGGUAUUCCGCUACCCUGUUGAGGAAUUUGCCUGCGGGUGUUCUGAGUUACUCUUCGUUCGAGUACUUGAAAGCUGCGGUUUUGAGCAAGACCAAGCAGGCCAGCAUGGAGCCCCUGCAGAGCGUUUGCUGCGGGGCGCUCGCCGGCGCCAUAUCCGCGUCGCUGACCACGCCUCUGGACGUGGUUAAGACGAGGCUGAUGACUCAGGUUCGCGCAGAGGCCGCGAGCAAGGUCGGCGCGGUGAUGUACGGCGGGGUUACCGCGAUGGUGAAGCAGAUCUUGAAGGAGGAAGGGCUGGUCGGGUUCACUCGCGGGAUGGGGCCGCGGGUCGUCCACAGCGCGUGUUUCUCUGCGAUCGGUUACUUCGCAUUCGAGACGGCGCGGUUAACCAUUUUGCAUCAGUACCUCAAGCGCAAAGAGUCUCUAGAGCUGGAAGCCGUGGCUCCUUCUUUAGAUUGCUCGUUUUCGCAAUUCCAAUGUAGUUUGCGAAAUUUUUCCCCGGGAAUACAAGAACUAUAAAAGUUUAAUUUACGCCAAUAUCGAAAAUUUGUAUACAGGUUCUGGAGCUGCUAUGUCUUCAUUUCUUCCUGUAAGUUAGUGUAUUCAUUUCUAGCUGGUUGUAAGCAUCUCCAACCUUCUAUUGGGUAUCUGAUCUCUGACCAUUUCAAGCUCUUUCUA